GGGUCACUUUUGACUUAUCAGUUCUCAAAAUAUUAUGUCGACAUUAGGUUAGAAAUUCCGACUUACGUCCUCGUAAAAAUAAACAUCGAAAGUAUUUUUCCGGUUCUUGCCGGCCUUACAUUGGCCGUCGCGACAGACAAGCCGGCCCGUUUACCUGCUGGUGUUGCGCAACCUGUUGUAGCCUCUAGCCUAGCCUAGCCUCUGUCACAGUACUCUCUGUGCCGCGUUGACCAGCGAGCUGACCACUCCUACUCAGACCAACGGAGAGGACCUCUUCUCUGCGUCCCGGACGAGACCGCAGAAGCCGCCAUGCGAAGGAUGGCGGAGGGAGUGCACACCACCAACGAGAAGAACUCCUGGAUAUUAGGUUGGCUUCCAUCGUGGUGCCCCACUUCACCUACCCACCUGAAAGAUGCAGAGGAAAAAAUGCUUAAAAAUGUCAGGUGGCCAUUCUCCCGGCAGCAUGUGCGGAUUUCCAAUGGCAACUAUUUGUGGACAUUAGCUUUCGCUGUUCAUCCUCAGCCCGGUUCCCCCGCUCAGCCCCGGCUUCAGACACAGCCUAAGCCUCCUCUGGUUCUGUUGCACGGUUUUGGAGGCGGAGUGGCGCUCUGGGCCCAGAACCUAGAUGCUUUCAGUAGCUGUGGGCCGGUCUACGCCGUGGACCUAUUGGGGUUUGGUCGGAGCACCCGUCCCCAGUUCAUCACCGACCCAGAGGGGGUGGAAGAACAGUUCCUCGUGGCCCUGGAGGAAUGGCGGGAGAGAGUGGGGCUUGAGGAAAUGCUGCUGCUGGGACACAACCUGGGAGGAUAUCUUGCUGCUGCCUACACGCUCAAAUACCCACACAGGGUAAAACAUCUAAUACUAGUUGAGCCAUGGGGUUUCCCAGCACGUCCCGAGAACCCCAACCACAGCACUAUCCCAGUGUGGAUCAGAGCCAUGGGGGCUUUCAUGAGCCCCUUCAACCCUCUGGCUGGCCUCCGACUGGCUGGACCUCUAGGCCCCAUGUUGGUUCAGACUAUCAGGUCUGAUUUCAAGCAGAAAUACUCCUCAGUGUUUGAUGACAACACAGUAUCUGACUACAUCUACCAUCUGAACGCACAGACGCCCAGUGGAGAAACGGCAUUUAAGAACAUGACUAUUCCUUAUGGUUGGGCUAAGAGGCCCAUGCUGGAGAGGAUAGGGCACAUCCAAGCUGACAUUCCCAUUUCUUUCAUCUAUGGCUCACGCUCCAGCAUUGACAGUGACUCCGGCUACGCCAUCAAAAAAACUAGGCCAGACGUAGAGAUCAAGGUGAUCAGAGGAGCAGGUCAUUAUGUGUUUGCUGAUCAGCCGGACGACUUCAACCAGACCGUCCUCCAGAUCUUGGCCACAGUGGAGACCAAAAAGAAAGACAAAGUAGAGAGUUUGGAAGGAGAUAAAGAUAAAGGAGGCAAUGAAGAAGUUGUGCUGGAGGACACGGAGGAGGAAGAGUUUUCUAAAUCGUAAAACAAACACGAGAGCACGGGGAUUAUCACCCAGCGAUGACCGACCUUAACACGAGCCGAAUUUAAACUUCAGCCUCUCUGUCUUGCUUUACUGUCGCGCACUUUAUUGUUAACCUCUGUAAAAGUGUAUAUCAGCGAUGACAUAUUCUCAGCAUUCCCCAGUCACAUAUUCCGCAGAGCUCAGGGUCAAGGGUCGGACAAUAUCGCAGGCUUCUUCCGGCAGGUUGUUGUCUAUCCCAUGAGUGUGACAGUUGUAAUGUAAAUAAGUUUUGUAAAUAAAUUUGAAACGCAGU